AUGUGUUACCCCACCCUCCUAGAGGUUCUCAAGAACUUGUCCGAGUUGCGAAAGUCUGAAUUCAGCGGAGCUUCAGGAGUUCUCUCGUUGCUUCCUACCAUUGGAGCACUCCUCGGAGCACCUACGAAUGAAGUAUGGACGCUCCUGACCAUCCUGCCUUUCGGAGGAAGCCUUGCGAUGCUAUUAUCGUUUGGUGGUGCCAUUAUGCCAGUCCGUGUAGAGGACUACGAAAUUGCCAUAAAGAAGGGAAACAUUGCUAUAGGCAGCAUUGUUAGUUUCAGGAACACGUACGUCGAGGGAGGUGUGGAACGUGACUCUUCCUUCACUCGAAAUUUAGACCUUCUCGACGAAAAGGUCAGCGCCCGCAUCGCCAACGCAAAAAGUCUAAGGCCAGGCAAAUCACUUAUUACCUUUGGGCUUGUCGCGAUGGUUUUACUCAUUAUAAGCUCACAUGCGGCAAUGGCAAUCGUAGAACAGGGUGGAAUCCUUCCAUGGUGGUGUGUUUGCCAGUGGUGGAUGCACUUUUGGUAUUUCAUGGUUACCGUAAGCGCUAUUACGGAGAACAUAGUUCAGGUUCCAUUCAGCAAACAGCACAAGCUUUAUGUCUCCAGGGUGCCCUACGAGAUCACCAUUAGUGGAGGACAAUCCAUUCUUACCGACCUCCAUCGAACGCAGAGUGAACCUGAAAAUGUAGGGCUGGCUCUGAAACAACUGAACACGAUUCCGGCAGCGAAAGUAUCCUUCUAUGGGUCCACACAGUAUACACAGUCGCGAAACACGGUCCUCGUUAUGGUCUCUAUUGUUGGGAACAGUCUUAGGUGGAUAUCCUUUUGGCGUCCUCUAAGCAAGUUACUCAGUAUUGCCGUGUUCAUAACAGGCACGGCGAUGUUUGCAUCUGCUACACUUGUUGCUCUGCCUAUGGCUGUUUGUGUCCUUACGCUCGUUAUCAGCGCAGGCGUUUUCAGCCGUGCAAUCGCGGGAUGGUUGGUCCGCAGAGUGUCGGAGAAAGAGCCUUUGAUCCACGUUAUUGUCAACGACCAGGAAGAAGCGAACCAUGCCAUAUGUCGCAUACUGAAACUAAAGCUCGCAGACGAUACGGACGUCCAGGUAGAGAUCGGUGGCCACGUUUUCGUUAACGGUCGGAGAAUUACAAGCCGUUCAAAGUGGUACGUCGCCAUAUGGGGUGUGCUAGCUAACCCCUACAACUUGCUCCUGGUAAAUAGCAACCCACAUGCUGCUUCCCAGCCACUCCUGGCUAACAAUGACUCUAAUGUUGGUUUCCCGCUGCAAGCUGUUCUUCCCAGGUAG